AUGAAGAGGACGGUUGGAGCUGCUGUCACAUACCUGGGGGGCGGCGGGGGCGCGCGGGGGCUGGUUCCCGGCGGCCACGCGCGUCCUGCGGCGGGGCUCUGCGACCCCGGCAGCAGCCAGAGCCGCCAGGCCUCCGACGCCCCCCGGAACCAACCUCCCAGCUCUGAGUUCGUGGCCCGGUCGGUGGGCAUCUGCUCCAUGAUGCGGCUGCCCGUGCAGGCCUCCCCCGAGGGGCUGGAUGCCGCCUUCAUCGGGGUGCCACUGGACAUUGGGACCUCCAACCGGCCGGGGGCGAGAUUUGGACCCCGACGGAUCCGCGAGGAGUCAGUGCUGCUUCGGACAGCCAACCCUAGCACAGGAGCCCUCCCCUUCCAGUCCCUCAUGGUUGCAGACCUAGGCGAUGUGAAUGUCAAUCUUUACAACCUUCAGGACAGCUGCCGCCUGAUUCGAGAGGCCUAUCAGAAAAUUGUAGCAGCUGGCUGUAUUCCUCUGACCUUGGGUGGAGAUCACACAAUCACCUAUCCUAUAUUGCAAGCGAUGGCAGAAAAGCAUGGGCCUAUGGGGCUGGUGCACGUGGAUGCACACAUGGACAUGGCGGACAAGGCCCUGGGUGAGAAGCUCUAUCACGGGACGCCCUUCCGCCGGUGCGUGGACGAGGGACUCCUGGACUGUAAGCGCGUGGUACAGAUCGGCAUCCGGGGCUCUUCCAUGACCUUGGAUACCUACAGAUACAGCCGGAGCCAGGGCUUCCGGGUGGUCCUGGCUGAAGACUGCUGGAUGAAAUCACUGGUUCCUCUGAUGGGAAAAGUGAGGCAGCAGAUGGGAGUCAGACCCAUUUAUAUCAGCUUUGAUAUCGACGGCUUGGAUCCUGCCUAUGCCCCAGGGACAGGGACACCCGAAAUUGCUGGUCUCACCCCUAGUCAGGCUCUGGAGAUCAUCCGGGGUUGUCAAGGACUGAACGUGGUGGGUUGUGAUCUUGUGGAGGUUUCACCGCCGUACGAUCCUUCUGGAAACACAGCCCUUGUGGCGGCUAACCUGCUGUUUGAGAUGCUGUGUGUUCUCCCCAAAGUGACAGUCGCCUGA